AAUGAGGAAUUGGAGGAGUUUGCCGUGUCAUCUCUUCUCCGCUGCGAUUGCAUAAAUUCCCCAUCUAUCAGUGAUCCAUCCCUUCUCCUGCUGGUUAGUCAGAGCUGCACCCAGAAGAGGCCGAGCGUGUAUUUCUUCAGCUGUGCAUCUGUCAAAGUAGAGCACAUCAGAGAUGACAUCGAGCGAGUCGUGGCGCAUUACACAAUAAAAGCAAACAGGUUCUCUGAGUCCAGUAUGGAUAUUUCGGGAAUCCCAAGUCCUCCGUACACCCAAGCCCCAAAUCCACCCUCACCCAACCCUCCUCCACCCUACCCGGGCAUCAGAGCCAACGGAUUGGUAAACGGUCAACCUGAUAAAUCAUUCCUUAGGGCUGAGAUGGAAGUGGACUUGCUUAAUCACUGCUUUGAUGAUAUCGAAGCGUUCAUCGGAAAGCUGCAGCAGUCAGCAGAGGCUCAGAUUAUCCUCGACCAAAGAAGCAAAAAGAAGAAGAAAAGUCAGAAGAAAAGUGCAGAUGAGGAUCUGCUCACAGCUAAAGCCAAACCGCCUUCUGAGAAAGAGUUUCUCGACACUUUUCAGAAAUUCAAAUACAGCUUCAGCCUGUUGUGCAAUUUCCCCGUCUAUCAUUGUGUGUUUAGUGUUUGUGAUGUUACUGCUAACAUGCCGUAUCGUCUCUGUCACACUCAGCUGACACCGUCUCACGCGUCUGAUCGUCACGCUGCUCUCGUUCAGACUACAGACGAACCUGAUGGCGGAGUUAAAGAGCGCUUAUAUCACUGCAGCUAUGAUUUUGUUGCACGGAACAACAGUGAGCUAUCUGUACUUCACGGAGAGACACUAGAGGUGAUCGAGUCAUCUAACCGCUGGUGGAAGUGUCGUAAUAAGUUUAAUGAAGUGGGAUUCGUGCCGUUUAACAUCCUGGAGCCGGUGACACACAUCGACAACCCUGUGCUUCAUAAAACCCCAAAGCCUCCCGCUGCUCCACCGAUGUUCAACAGCCUGCACAGCCCGUCCGCCGUGACCUCUGACCCCAGCGCCGCACGGCCGCGCAGCAUGAUGCUCGGGUCACUGUCUGACGACACGGAGAAAGUGAUGCAGGUGAAUGACGAGCUUCUGCACCGUUUGACCAGCGGGAAGAAUCUGUCUCCUCGUCUGGUGAUUCCUCGUUCAGCAGAGACGUCCAUCCCGCUGGACUACAGCUCGCCGCCUGCAGAGGUGGAGAACUGGCUGCGCAAGAAAGGCUUCAGUGAACCGACUGUACAGUGUCUGCGGGUUCUGAAUGGAGCUCAGCUGUUCUCUCUGAAUAAAGAAGAGCUGCGAGCUGUUAUUCCUGAAGAGGGCGCGAGAGUCUACAGUCAGCUGACCGUCCAGAGAGCCCAGAUAGAGGACGCUCGCAGAGCCACAGAGCUGGAGACGGUGAUGGAGAAGCAGAAGAUGAAGGUGGAUUUGAAACUGGAGAGUGGGACUUUAUGAAGAUCUAUUGAAUGUGCACACAGAUGCACACUCAUACAUACGCACAAGAUCAUUUACGUUAUUGUAACCUGCUUUAAGGAUUGUUUUGUUUUCCUGUUUAGCUUUACAGCAUGAAAUGAAAAUGUAAAUCUGCACAAUGAUGUACAAACCUCUAAAUUCUCUGUGUAACAUGGGUUAAUAUAUUCUCAAUAAAUACAUUUAAUGCACAACUGUGAAAA